ACUUAAAGGAAAUGCAAUCAGCUCAUCAUCGUUUUCAACAGUGUUUACACGCUCCGCUCCUCUCUGGUAUUUGAAUCCACUGGCCACCGUAAUUAGCACUCUCAACCACUGAAUUUAAUCCACCAUUUCCUUCAACUUCCUCUUCUCUGCAUCCUCCUCGCCGGAGAACCCCUUUUUCUCUCCGAUUUCUCUGUUCCACCGUCGUCCUCGAACCAGCCAAGCACAAAAAUGGCCAAUGCAGCAUCAGGAAUUGCGGUGAAUGAUGAAUGCAAGUUAAAGUUUUUGGAACUCAAGUCAAAAAGAACUCAUCGUUUCAUUGUCUUUAAGAUCGAGGAGAAGCAGAAGCAGGUAGUGGUGGAGAAACUUGGCGAGCCUGCCCAAAGUUAUGAGGAUUUUGCUGCAAGUCUCCCUGCCGAUGAGUGCCGUUAUGCUGUUUAUGAUUUUGACUUUGUCACAGAAGAAAACUGCCAAAAAAGCAGGAUUUUCUUCAUUGCAUGGUCUCCAGACACUUCAAGGGUCAGAAGCAAGAUGAUAUAUGCAAGCUCCAAGGACAGAUUUAAGAGAGAGCUUGAUGGAAUUCAAAUAGAGCUGCAGGCAACCGAUCCGACCGAGAUGGGCCUUGACGUCAUUCGAAGCCGUGCCAACUGAACGCGGAAACACUGGCCUAAAACGAGUCCGAAUGUUUAAAAUUUGUGAGAUGUGGGGACUCAGAUUUCACUGGAAAUCUUCUGUUCUCCUUGAACAAGUAUGCAACUGUGUGUCAUGGUCUUUUUCCCUUCUUCAACUUCAUAUUUUGCAGCCCCUUUUUUUCUUGUCUUGAGUGACUGUCUAGAGUCUGAUACCUAUAAAGCUAAUAUAAUAUACCUAUUAGCUAAUUUCAAAUUUGUUUUACAGUUCUACUUUUGGAUUGCUGCUUUUUAAAGUGAAUGCUGUAUUUAAUAACAUUACAUUCGUUCUUUAA